UGAAGAUAUGCUUGCUUAGGCUUCAAAGAAUAAGAUAAGAGGGUGGCUGCAUUCUUGUACCAGAUGUACCAGGAACAGUUCGCUUGGGCAAAUGGAGACUUGCUGUCUCCACUCCCUGUUCUGGUCUUCGUCUGUUCUUAACUCCCUCCUGUCCUUUAGUUACUGAUGCAUGAUAACAAAGCUGAUAAAAAGUUGCUGGGGCAUCACAAAUUGUUUGUAGUGUCAAAGAAGAUAGAUAUGCAUGAAUAUUAGAAGCUUUCUAACUAAUAAAGGGGGGUUGGGUUGUUUUAACUAUGAUGCGACGGAACUGUCUAUAUAACCUUACUAGUUAUUGUAAUCGGGGCUGGUUCUCUCUGGAGACGGGCCGCUCUCUAUUGUUGUGUGCACUCCUCAAUAAAGAGCUUGUGUUUGGACCUUGCUGGUGUUGCCUGUCUCUCUGCGGUCAGACAACGAACCGUGCCGUCUGGGUUCGAGUCCCCGACUAAUUUGGCAACUCCGCCGGGACUCGUCUGACUCUCCGGUGAGGGAUCAGACUCCGAAGCAACGCAGCACGCAUCCUCUGGCUUCGAGGAGCCUUGCCCGGUAACCUGAGCCCUGCAUCAGCGAUAAGGCGAGUCCUGUGAACCAGCUGAAGCCUGUAGAAACCCACAACAUCCACCUACCCAUUGAGUAGGACCCAGGUCUUCGGAGUUCGAGUCCCUGGAUAAGGUGAUCCCGUAUGGGUAAAAGCAUGUAAGAAGACUCCGCUUCAACCACAGUGGCUAGGACCCUUUGAAAUCCUUCUGGUAAGCCCUACAGCAAUCUGGGUGAAAGAGUUGCCCACUUGGGUUCACCACACUAGAGUCAAGAGGAGCACCGCUAGGGGACCUGACCAGGUAAAGGGUUCCCCAGAAGUAGACGACGUCGGACUUCGAGGGAGCCACGCACGUUCACCCCACCGUGAGCCGGGUGAACCAGAAACAGAUGACACCUGUGCCCAAAAUCAAUGGACUGCUACCCCUUUGGGCGAUCUGAAGCUUCGACUAUAGCUGAAAAGGCCUUAAGUUGGUGGUGUUCUUUUUCCAAAGGAUGGCCCCGAGUUUUGGCCUGGGUUCUUAUAUGUUUAAUUUGUUUAUUAUUUGUUGCCUUUCUCUUUUGGUAGUACGGAAUGUAGGGGGUGGGGAAGCGCACAAACCUAACACCUUCAUACGCCUUGCUCAUGAGAUGAAAGCCCGCAUGCCAGCAUUACAUAAUACAUCAUGCUGGGUGUGUUCCUUGAUACCAAAAGAUAGUCAAAAGGGUCUCCCCAUGGUCCCUAUUCCCCUUAGUGCAAUGAAUAUGACUUGGACCCCAUCAUGGAAAGACCCCUCUGGUAAUCUAAAUGUAACUUGGGCUGACACUGGCAUCUCAGACAGCAGAUAUCUCAUAGUAUGGAAAAGAAUUGGUCAGUGGUGCCUCUUAAAAGAAGGGAAAGUAGCAGUAGGAAACAGUGAAUGUAAGGCCUACUUUAAUGGCACUCAUUUCGGAAGCAAGAGAGGACCUAACAUCUCCCUUCUGGAUGGAGCAACUCAUUGCACAUCCGCAUGGCACAGUUUUCCUGACAAAAAGUGUAGUAUACAUGGGGAACAUCACUUUUUAUAUGAAGGGCACAAACUGAUUGAACAUUAUGUUAUUAACUGCACGGUUGAAUAUAGCCUACUAAAUCAUACCAUGUGUUUAUGUUUUACAAACGCCUCAGCAGCUCGAUUUUCUCUUCUCCCAUCUUGGACAGGAUGGUACAAGAUAAACGAUAAUGCCUUCUCUAAGGUGUUUCCUACCCUUUUUGGGGUAUACUGGGUAUGUGGUAACAAGGCAUAUUUAGCUCUUCCUUCUUCAUGGAGUGGGUCCUGUUAUUUGGCCUGGUUAGAACCACCUGUAGUAUAUCGAGCUCACCUCCCACAGGGAAAGAUCAGGAAUGUAAGGGGGGCUGAGGAAGAUGUUAAAGAAUCUCGCCCCCUCACCUGGCAAGCUCUAAAUGACUGGACAGGUGCUUGUGCAGGCUUUGUCUUCGCUUGUGGGGGAGCAACUUGGCGAAUAGGAGAAGGGGUAAUGAGGCUCCAAGGGGUCUUGGAGAUAAUGGCAAAUACCACCGCCGAUGCCUUGGUGGAUUUGGCAGCUGAACAGCGAGAACUAAGGCAGAUGGUUCUCCAGAACCACUUGGCUCUAGAUAUCUUACUGGCCUCUCAGGGAGGAACAUGUGCACUAAUUGGGCAAGAAUGCUGCGUAUAUGUUCCUGAUGUUUAUAACGCCACCUGGGACAGAGCAAACCACCUCAUACAAGUAGCAGAGGACCAUGGAGGGGAGCGGGUUGAAUCUUGGUGGAGUAACCUGUUUGAUUGGAUUCCAUACAUAGGUGGUUGGCUCCAUAAUGUACUCCGAAGCGCAGUUGUAAUUAUAUGUGGCCUGGUAGUUUUGUAUGUUAUAGUAAAGGUUGGAUGUUGGAUGGGCACCAAAGUGUGUUCCGUCCAAAAGUAACCAACCUCAAGCUUACCACUCAUGGUAGUUAGUUGUCCCAGGAGUCCCUUUAUGAUACUUCAGGGACAAAGGGGGGACUGCUAGGCCCAAGAAAAUGGAAUAUAGAACAGGUUGUUUGGCCAGCUUAGCCAAAGAUAGGCUAACCGUAGUUGCUGGG